CAGCAGCACUUCUUUUAAGAAUGUACCAGAGACUUGCAGCGUGGAGGAGAAAUACAAAGGAAAGGUAGUCGCCUAAACGUAGCUACUGCACAAAGGAACCAAACCCUCUUACUCAUAUCAGAAGUCAAAGUCCACUGUGAACGUUCAUUGUGUUACUAUAAAACUUCAACAGCCGGGUUCAGUAGUAGUAAAUAUUACUGCUACCAGCAUGUGGCUCCUCCUACUGGCAGUGUUGGCGCUGCUGCUCUUGUACAGAUGGUACAGACAAAGUCAAAUCCUGGACAAUCUAACAGAUAAAUAUGUAUUUAUCACUGGAUGUGACUCUGGGUUCGGGAACCUGCUGGCUAAGCAGCUGGACAAACGUGGAAUAUGGGUUCUGGCUGCCUGUCUGACGGAGACUGGGGCUGCAAAUCUGAAGAAAGAGUCCUCUAGCAGACUACAGACAGUAAUAUUGGAUGUGUCAAACAGCCAGAGUGUAAAUUCUGCUGGGCAGUGGGUAUCUCAAAUUGUUGGAGACAGAGGACUCUGGGGAUUGGUAAAUAAUGCUGGCAUUAGUGGUCCAGUUGCUCCAAUUGGUUGGCUGAAAAAUGAUGACUUUUUAAAACCUUUGAAGGUGAAUUUGCUCGGAAUGAUUGAUGUAACUCUUACGUUACUACCCCUUAUCAGAAGAGCCCGUGGACGAAUUGUUAAUGUUUCCAGCAUCCUUGGCAGGAUUGCACUCGUUCCAGGUGGUUACACUAUAUCUAAAUUUGGCGUGGAGGCAUUUUCGGACACCCUAAGACGGGAAGUUGUAGAUUUUGGUGUUAAUGUUUCUAUAGUUGAGCCAGGAGGUUUCAAUACUGCUAUUAUGGACUUACCUUUGUAUGAGAAGAAUAUCAAGGAAAGAUGGGAGAGACUGCCAGCAGAGACCAAGAAGAGUUAUGGAGAACAGUACAUAAAGCAACUUAUACAGUAUAUGAGAACAGCAAUUUCCGCUGGCUCUUUCAAGAUCUUCAAGGUGACGAAUUGCAUGGAGCAUGCACUGACUGCUUGUUACCCAUGGACAAGAUACUCUGCUGGAUGGGAUGCCAAAUUAUUUCUUAUGCCACUUUCUUACAUGCCAACAGUCAUUGGUGAUCUCAUAGCAAGGAGGAAUUUUCCAAGACCAACUUAGAGAACACCAAAUUGCAGGAAUCCAUCGGAUGUCUUGUUUCUGCAUUCUAGUAGAGGACUACUGACAACUGUGUCAUACAAGACUUGGAUUUUUCCCUCGGUUUACUCAAUGGAUUUCAAAUACUCACGAAUGUUAAUACCUGUUAUGUAAUGUUUCAAAGAUUGCUCAUCUGGGAUAGUAAAAUCCAAAAUUUUGGUUUUCUUGUUUAUGCGACCAUCUGUAAAACCAUGGUAAUCAUACCAUAGGAAAAAAUUAUAAUUUUUUAUCUUAGGCUAGCUUCCCACAGAACGUUUUUACUGGUUUAAUAGCAUAGCUCCCAACUGUCCCUGAUUUCGAGGGACUGUCCCUCAUUUCUCCUCAUUUGUCCCUCAUUUUGGUCUGAUCAAUAUAGUUGUGGAUAAAAUGCACUAUUUGGCUAUCAAAAAGUGCUUUAUAGUGCUAAACCUUCCAUCCAAUUUAUAAAUUGCUGCAUUUGUAAA